AUGGUUAGAAUAACAGAGAAAGGUCAAAUGAAGGACAGAUUGGAUCUCAGGGAUGUGAUGCUGCUAACCCACAGCCAGGGCCCAGUUGGUGGAGAUACGUGUCUUUACAUCAUUGGCUGCUUCAUGUUCCUGCAGCCCCUCAACCACAGAGGAAGAGGAGGGUUUUAUUCUCAGCCUCUGAACAUCUCUAUCAGAGCUCUGAGAGACACAAUGAAGGAAACAUCUGUCAGAUUUCUGCUCAUUCUGAGCUCGGUGCUGAGCUGCACAACAAACCAAGCUGCUCUGACUGUGAGUCCCAGCAGAUCUCAAUUCUUUCCUAGAGACUCUGUGUCUCUGAGCUGUGAGGAGAACAACAGCUCUGCUGGAUGGACUGUAUGGAGGAACACAACCAGAGGAACCAGGACUCAGUGUGGAUAUGGAUGGGGAAAACCAGCUGGAUCUACCUGUAACAUCAGCUGGUUGUUCAUAUCAGACAGUGGAGUUUACUGGUGUUGGUCGUCCAGAGAGGGAGCAGCCAGCAGCAGCAUCCAGCUCACUGUCACUGGUGGAUCAGUGAUCCUGCAGAGUCCUGUCCUCCCUGUGAUGGAGGGAGAUGACGUCACUCUGAGCUGUCUAACAGAGACCACUCCCUCCAACCUCCCAGCUGCUUUCUAUAAAGAUGGCUCCCUCAUCAGGACUGAGCCCAAAGGUCACAUGACCCUCCACCAUGUGACCAGCUCUGAUGAAGGCCUCUACAGGUGUAACAUCAGGGGUCAUGGAGAGUCUCCAUCCAGCUGGAUCUCUGUUGAAGCUCGUACAACCACUCCAGACCCGAUUAAUUCUUCAGCUACCUCAAAUAUUCGUAUUUUCGUUCACCUGGUUGUGUUUUGUCCCUACCUGAUCUCCACUCUACUGAUGAUAUCUUUAUAUCAACAAAAAAACACAGGAGAAGACGUGCCAAUCUGAGUGGAUAUGACCUCUUCCUCUUCUUCUCUUUUUGUCCUCUUCCUCUCAGGAUAAGGAUUGGAUGAUCUGACUUAUUUACACCAGAGAAUCACAUCUUCAUUAUUAUAUUUAGAGAUGUCUGCAUUUAUUUAGUUUUACUGAACUCAUCAAAGAUCCACUUUGUCUCAAUGGAUAAGAAAUUAGAGAUCAGAGAUUAUAAAUAUAUGGAAACCUUUCAAACUUUUAACAGAAAUAAGCUUAGUUUUUUUCAUUAUAUUCUUUUUAUACCUUUCCGUUAAUGAAAUGUGAUGUUGUAUGUUAGCAGCCUGUGGUUAUACUGUUCUAUAUCCUCAGUGGUUUUCAUAUUUCCUGUCAAUUGAUAAAAGCUGUUGUUAAACCUAAAACGUUUACUGCAGAACUUUUAGAAUAUAAAAGGUUGUUAUGUUUGCAUUUCUAUAUAGAUGCUCUAAUAAAUAAUAUGCAUUUAGAGUUCAGCUUGUCAUGUAACCUAUUUUGUUCAGGGUGAGUUUAAACACAUAGCCUACAUAGAGCAUGUUGUGUUCAUCUUAUUGAAACCACAGAAACCACCUGCUGCUGGUCUCAUUUGACCCCAAACUUUGUGCAGCAUUAAGGGUGGCUUAUAUUUGAUGCUCGUAUGUUGAAAUGAAAUGUAUGGAACACAGUGUCAAUAGCUUUUUUACUCCAUGCUGCUUUUCCCCUUGGACCCACUUUUGGGGUCAGUGCAGGGCACAGACCUGUAAGAGUAUUGAUUGUACUUUUACAAAUGUAAAAGUAAACAACAAAAAUAUCUCAAAAAUGUUCAAAGCCUCUUCAUGCUAUGGAAGACUUUUUAACCAUGUUGAUCAUGAUUAUUAUUUAAGGUCAACCUCAUAAGAUGUUUUUAUGAGGUGGCCAAAGUGGAGAUUUCACUCAACACCAUGGUUUUCCACUUAGAGUUAUGU